CCUCCUUCUCUCAAUGAAUGACCAUGGCACGGGCUCGAUCCACGCGAGCAGCUCGAUGGGCUGCCAUUUUGUGGCUUCAGGUUUGGAGAUGGGGGUCCACUUUUAUGGCUUUGCCAAGCUUGAAUUCCACACCUGACAGGAGAAAUCUGCAAGCUCGACACGAACACAAGAGUGACCACGUGGUGUUGGCUCCGUCACAGCAUGCUCUUCGCUUCCGCCAGUUGCUACAAGGCCUCAAUUGUACCGAAGAACAGCUCGCCUUUGUGGAGGGCUCCAGGCUCCGACAGAUGCUGCGAGGGGUGAAUGCCAUCGCCCAAUCUGAGCCCGUGGCAUUGGCCUUUGAAAGUCUUUACGAAGACCUGGCACCUGUGCGCUUUGCUUGCGACGUGCUCUAUUGGCGUCUGGAGCGGCCUUUGGCGGAUGCAGCUAGUCAUUCUUCUGUGCUGUUGGAGGCCAGAAGCAGCGAGGAUUUGGCUGCUGCGAGAGAGCUCUUUGAAGUUUUGGAUAAAGACGGUAGUGGAACAUUGGACAGGGACGAGCUUUUGUCCAAUGCCCUGCUGCGAUCCCUGGGUCAUUGUGAAGGCUGUACUUGCGAAGGUAUUCACAAUUGCCGGUCAGUGGACAAGUUUAUGCAAGAUUUGGAUGCGGAUGGUGAUGGCUCCAUCACAUUUCUGGAAUUUAUGCUGUCCGCAUCCAGGGUGCUUUUCGGUGGCCGCAGAGUCGCUGAAGCUGGACCCGAAGUUAUCGAGGCCUUACUUGUGGAGAGAGGCAAAAACAAAGAUAAAGUCAAGGAUUUGGAGAGGCGAUUUCAAGGUAUUCUAGCAACGAUAAGGAGCUGGGAAGGCACCGAAGUUAGCAAGAAGGUGUUGGAGGAGAAUUCCUCGAGAGCUCGAGUUUUGGAAGGGCUGUUGACGGGGGCCAAGAUUCCGGACUUGGCGAAAGCUUUGCAGGUGAUGUACGUCGAUUACUUUCCUCUUCGUGUUGGUGGCGACCUCAUCUUUAAGAUUGCCAAUAAGCACAUGAGUGAUACAUGACUCGGGGUGUUCCAAAGUGCGCCCGUCGUUAAGACGACCUUUCUUUAGCUUUAGACUUCAGCCUUUGCACAUCUUUGCACACGUGCAACCGAUUUCUGGCACCUUUGUGCAACAGGCACGGCCAGAAUGUUCAAUGUAGUUGCCACUGUAACUUUGAGUCCAAGAAGAGAUUCUGGCAAUUUUCUGUUAACAGUUGAUUGUUUUCUCUAUACUAUUCUUUGGCUUGUAUUGGAGUCUUUCCUCAUUUUCAGCCAACCAGCUUCAAGCUUGAGCCAAAAGUGCUUCAAGCAAUUUGAGUGAGGCAUUCCAAUCGAUCCCAUUGCAGAUGGGACUUAAAGAUUCGCCUUUAAAGACUUGGUUAUGUGCCGCCUGAAAAUGGCCGAAAUCUGAUCUACAGUCCGGGCAACACUGCACAGCACCCGCUUCGCUUUGAAAGGUUGCCUGUGGCGGCUUUAAUGAGGGCGACAGCGCCAUAUGGAUCGAGCAUUUUAUCCUGAGAA